AUGUAUUUAAGGCUCAUCACUGGCAAAGCAGCUCAAGCUUUAUCCAGAAUUCGCUUCAAUGGCGGCUCUCAAUAUCUCUACUCAACAACGUCAACCCGUAUCGCAUCCAAUUUUUUGGUUAAAUACCUCAUUGAUUCUCUAGGAUUUUCCAAAAAAGAAGCAACUUUUACUUCUUCAAAGCUAACUUCACAGAAAACCUUAAAAAAUCCUGAUUUAGUCCUCAAUUUCUUGAAACAAACUGGUUUUGACAAGACCGACAUCAAAAUACUAGUUUCUAGAGCACCCACAUUGCUAUACCGUGAUGUUUCCAAAACCCUAAAACCCAAACUCCAGUGCCUUAUGGAUCUCGGGUUAUCCGGGUCGGACCUAGUGAAUGUAAUUGCUAAAGAUUCAAAUAUUUUUAUGAGAAGUUUAGAUACUCAUUUAAGACCUACCAUUGAUUGUCUUAGGAGAAUUUUGGGUAGCGACGAAGAUGUAGUUAAGGCUAUAAAGAGAGCUCCUUGGUUGCUCUCUUUUGGUACUCAUCAUAUUAUGGAGACUAAUGUAUUGUUCUUGAGAAACUAUGGUUUUUCUAGUGUCAUAAUAAAAAAGUUUGUGCUUAGAUCUCCUGCUUGUAUUUCUCUAAAGCCUAAGUGGUUUAAGGAUUUGUUGCAUAUAGUGGAGAAGGAUUUCCGAGUUCUGCCCGACUCCCCUAGUUUUCUGCGUGGAUUUCAAGUGUUAGCCAGUCAAAAUAAGUCUUUGUUGGAAAAGAAGAUCGGAAUUUUCAAGAGUUUUGGAUGGUCUGAUGAUGAUAUACUCGAGAUGUUUAGGAAGCUACCGUAUUGCAUUGCUAAAUCAGAGGUUAGAAUUCAAAAAUCAUUAAAUCUUUACAUGAAGGAGCUUGGUUUUGAACCUGCUUAUUUGGCUUCACAUCCUGCAAUUUUGGCCUAUAGUCUUGAAAAAAGAGUGGCACCUCGGAUGCAAGUCUUGAAAAUUUUGGAUGGAAAGAAGCUUGAGAGGAGAAAGUGGACUCUUUAUCGCGUUCUGAUGAUAACAGAGUCGAAGUUUAUAGAGUAUUUUGUGCUUCCCUACAAGGAUCAGAUACCUUAUCUGUAUGAAUCACAUAAGAAAACUGUGUCGCCUUAA